AGACUAUAGGACUCUAUAGCCUGGAGGUGCGGCGGUAUCGUCCUGCCUCCUCUCUCCUCUCUCUCUCUCUCCUCGCUGCCGCUGAGCAGCUUUGCGCACACACGGAGCUCCUUCGCGCAUCUGGUCGUCAUCAGCAGCAGCAACAGCUCUUCCUGCUCAGAUGUGACUCAACCAGAGUGGGAAGAGAGCUGCUUCUUCUUCUUCUCCUCAGAGGACUUCUGUGAAAAGCGUCUUUGAGACUUCUCUCUCAAGUUGAUUUUUGUUCUUGUUUGCCGUUUACGCGCGCCGCUGGAUGGAUUAGUCUGUAGGAGGGUUUGAUCUGGAAGGCGAGGAGAGAAAACUUUUGCUGAAGUUUGUGUUUGAGCCUCCUGCGUGGCUGAUCUGGAUGCACAGAACAGAUCCGCGUUCCUGCUCGGAAGAACCGAGUCUCUCUCUCUGGCUGCUUUCUUUCUGGAGGUCGUGCGUAAUCUUGCAUGUGCCAGGAUCUUCUCGUGAUUCUUCCUCUUUCUCCUCUUCCCAACUUGCGUCAUGACUUCUAGCUAUGCACAUGUAAUGGACAGCAGGCAACAAGCGUCGAUAUCAAACCGCCUGGAGAGCCCGAUCACGUCGAACCUGGAGAACCUGCAAGCCAAAAAGAACUUCUCGGUGAGCCACCUGUUGGAUCUGGAGGAGGCCGGGGAGAUGGUGGGCAGCCAGGCGGACGAGAGCGUCGGGGAGGCGGGCAGGAGUCUGCUGGAGUCUCCGGGGCUGACCAGCGGGAGCGACACCACCCAGCAGGAGAAUGAACAGAUGAACACGGAGGAAAAGAAGAAGAGGAAGCAGCGCAGGAACCGGACCACCUUCAACAGCAGCCAGCUGCAGGCUCUGGAGAGAGUGUUCGAGAGGACGCACUACCCCGACGCCUUCGUCAGAGAGGACCUGGCCCGCCGGGUCAACCUCACCGAGGCCAGAGUCCAGGUUUGGUUUCAGAACAGGCGGGCUAAGUUCCGCAGGAACGAGCGCGCCAUGCUGGCCAGCAAAAACGCCUCGCUCCUCAAGUCCUACUCGGGAGACGUGACGGCGGUGGAGCAGCCGAUCGUACCGCGUCCCGCACCGCGCCCAAACGACUACCUGUCCUGGGGCAGCGCUGCCCCCUACAGCUGGUAUCCGAUGCCGGAGGGGGGGCCAGUGCGAGUGCCACAGAAAAUGCUGCCCUCAGAGAACAACGCCAUGGCCACCUACCCGCCCAACUGCUCCAACACCAACACGUCCCAGGGCAUGAACAUGGCCAACAGCAUCGCCAACCUGCGGCUCAAAGCCAAGGAGUACAGCUUGAACCAGGUGCCCACGGUCAACUGAGAGGAGGAGAGGCUGGGGGGCCGGCGCGGGAGGGGAGAGGGGGGGAACCUCUCCGCCGCCGGCCCCCCCGCAGACGGACACCGUCUCUGGGUUGAGCAUCAUCUUACACACCCUGGAUCAAGAAGCCUCCUCUCCUUUUUGGAGCGGCGAUGCUACACCUAUAUGCAAAUCGUUGGACACCGAGUGAUGGCAGGAUUUCCCCUAUAAACCGCCUUUUUUUAAAUUCUCCUGAGCAUCACUGAACUCUCGUUUGUACAAAAAAAAGACACCUAGACUGGAUGCUGUAGUCGCAUAUCUGCAUAGUUUUACAUUUGUGAUUGGGACUGAAACGGAGGGCGAGUUUUUUCAUUUUGUUUUCAAUCAGAGAAGUAUUUCUCGACGGAGACUCGUGUACGGACUACGUGGAAUUCCCUUUGGCUGUGGUGUUGGAUAAAAUUACACACCGAAUUUGGGAUCAACAACUUUUUUUUCCUUUUAAAAAUCAACAACAAACCGACAAGGACUUCCUCUGACAUUUAUGCAAUUUUAAUUUUUUUUGGUUUUCCACAUUUCUUUCCAUGUUAUACCACUGACGAGCAAACAUCUUCAGCGCAUUUUGAUUUUCAUGUAAUAGUCCAAUAUAAAGGAGAGGCUAAUGUAUUUCUGAAUCCAAAACCAUCUCUUAAUUUCCUAUGAUAUCCUUUAUUUGUAACAGAAUAAAUACUUGUAUAUUAAUAAAAAUGCAUUUCAAGCAA